AUGCAGUCUUCUGCGAGCGGCUCCACUGGCUCAACGAAGGGCUUUCUUUCUAACAAUUCUCAAUCAAUCAUUGAGAACUCAAAAGGUCCAUCUUUAUCAGAGAGAAUCCACACAAAUUUAUUUUAUCUCGCCACAAAUAUUCACAGAUACAAAGGAUUCAAUACCAAAUGGAUCACAUUCUCUGCGCUAUUCAAAAUGGUCCAAAAUUAUGACCUUUUCAUCAUGCCUAACACUACAGGAUUUUGGGGAAGAGAUAAACACGCAGAAAUCAUCAUGAGAAUAUUUACAUUCCCAUUACACCUAUGUUUUGCACCUUCUAAUGCAACAUAUCAUGCAAUUUUCGCAAUAUUAUAUUCUUUAUUUUUAAUCUUUUCAAUAAUUCUUACAUUCGUUUUCUUAUUACGUGAUCCAGCAGAAGUAUCAUUCACAAACAGAGAAAUUUACCUGAUUUCAUUCAUCUAUGCUGUCGUUGUUCCGAUGUUUUCUACUUUUACACUGUCAAACUUCGGCGCUGUGCUAAAUCACUUAGUCUUCAUGGGACAUGGAGGUCCAUUACCUACAUUGGGUAUCGUUUUUGCCGCAAUUGGCACUCUUUUGAUGGUUCCAUUAAAUUUAUUAUCCAUGGCCUUCAUUAGAGCACGUCCACCCAUUGAUAUGAAGACAUUCAACGCAACAUGGGGCUCUCGCACUCACAUUUACUUCCUUAUCGACACAUUAUUCAACUUUGUUGCAUUUUUGGAAGAAUUCCUACCAUUAGACCGAAAAUACUACUUAAUUGGAUACUGUUGUGUCCUCAUAGCCCUAUGUAAUCCAAUCACAGUCAUCAUUGCCCUUUUCGAUGGCACUUUUCAGAAAUUUACCGAUGCAAUUUACUUUUGCACCCAAAUUUGCUGUACAAUGCUUGGUGUAUUGUUAAUGCUAUUACAUAUGUGGAUCGACAAGCUUACUCCGCCAUGGUUUUUAGUAAGGUCGAUGAAAAAUUGA